CUGCGUCACGUCACAGCUGUAGCUAUAAGUGCUCAGACACGUUGAGGAGCUGAACAGGACCUGCCGCUGGAAAACUAUCUCUGUUACGAGCAACAUAUUGUCUGUUCGUGGGAAUAUCUAAACAAAAACAAUGCUUUAGAAUGAAUCCACUGUUGAACAUGAGGUUUACGAAGCCGUCUCUGUUCCGUGAAUUGGGAAUCGUCUGUCUUGUGCUGAUAAGUGCGGUGUGGUGCUCCGUUUCUGAGAGGAAAGUAUGUCAGGGAACCAAUAAUAAGCUGACUCAGCUGGCACAGCCAGACGACCACUACAGGGCCAUGGUGCGGAUGUAUAGUAACUGCACAACAGUGCUGGAGAACCUGGAGAUAACCAACAUUCAGGAGUACCACGACCUCUCUUUUCUCAUGAGUAUUGAAGAAGUUGGUGGCUACGUUCUAAUAGGAAUAAACCAUGUGGAUGUGAUACCAUUGGGAAACCUACGCCUCAUCCGAGGACAUUCUCUCUUUGAUGGCAAGUACGCCCUUGCUGUGGUGGCAAACUUCCACAGGAAUGAGUCUUUAGAGAACAGCAGCAUCAGCGGCCUCAGAGAGCUGCGCAUGAGAAGCCUCACAGAAAUUCUUAAAGGCGGGGUUAAAAUAUCUCACAAUCCUUUGCUUUGCAAUGUGGAUACUAUACAGUGGUUGGACAUUGUGCAGGACGACAGUGAGGUGAAAGUAUCAGAAGGGACUGAACCCCCGUUUUGCAUACGAUGUGACUCAGCGUGCUUUAAUGGAUCGUGUUGGGCUCCAGGACCAGAGAACUGCCAGACCUUGACUCGGCUGAACUGUGCUGAGCAGUGCUCGCGGAGGUGCCGGGGUCCCAAACCCUCUGACUGCUGCAGUGAACACUGCGCUGCGGGCUGCACUGGACCCCGAGCCACAGACUGCCUGGCCUGCAGAGACUUCCAGGAUGACGGGACGUGCAAGGAUGCGUGUCCACGUCUAAUGCUGUAUGACCCCAACAAUCACCAACUUGUUCCCAAUCCCAACGGGAAGUACAACUUUGGUGCCACCUGUGUGAAGAAGUGCCCCUACAACUUUGUGGUGACUGAUCACGAUGCCUGCGUUCGGACCUGCAGCAGUAACAUGCAUGAAGUGGAGGAGAACGGAAUAAGGAAGUGCAAACAAUGUGACGGCUUGUGCCCAAAAGUCUGUAAUGGUCUCGGAACGGGCGCGCUUGUUAACACUAUCGCAGUCAACGCGACCAACAUUGAUUCAUUUAUCAACUGCACCAAAAUAAAUGGGCACAUUACAAUAAUGAAGACGACUUUUCAAGGGGAUGUUUUUACAAAUACUCCAAGCAUGGACCCUGUGAAACUUGACUAUUUCAAAACAGUCAAAGAAAUAUCAGGGUUUCUGUUAAUCCAAGACUGGCCUAAACACCUCAAAUCCCUCAGUCCCUUUGAGAACCUGGAGAUCAUCAGAGGAAGAACAAAACACAACACCGUCAGUUUCGCCGCCAUAAACAUUACAAACCUGGAACAUCUCGGCCUGCGUUCGUUGAAGGAGAUCAGUGAUGGCGACGUGGUGGUCAAAAACAACCGCCGACUCUGUUAUGUUGAUGGCGGCUACUGGCCAAAGCUGUUCAGAUCUGAGAAACAACACAAACGAACUGGAAACAACGCAGCAAUGCACACCUGUGAGCACCAGAACAAUACCUGUGACAGUAUGUGUGGAGAGGAAGGCUGUUGGGGUCCGGGGCCGUCCAUGUGCGUCUCCUGUCAGCAUGUAAGCCGUGGCGAGCGCUGUGUCAGUCACUGCAACCUGCUGGAUGGAGACCCCCGAGAGUUCAUCUCAGAGAACGUGUGUUUGGAAUGUGACCCUAAAUGCAAGAUUCUGAACGGGACAUCAAGCUGCUCUGGGCCGGGAGCCGAUCAGUGCACUGAAUGUGCUCACUUUAAAGAUGGGUCGCACUGCGUCACACAGUGUGCUCAAGGUGUGCAAGGCCUUAAUAACCGACUUGUGUGGACGUACCCAGACAAAACCGGACAGUGUCAGCCAUGCCAUCCUAACUGCACGCAAGGGUGCAGUGGACCAGGACUGGAAGGCUGUGAACCAAAAGGCUCUCACAUGCCUGUAGUGGCGGCUGGCAUUGUCGGAGUCAUGCUGAUGAUUAUGGUCCUCAUCCUUUUCAUCUUCGUCAUCUUCCGCCGACGACACAUCCGGCGAAAGAGAACUCUACGGCGCCUCCUUCAGGAGAGAGAGUUGGUGGAACCGUUGACUCCCAGUGGUGAAGCUCCCAACCAGGCUCUCCUUCGCAUCCUAAAGGAAACUGAACUGAAGAAAAUAAAAGUCCUCGGGUCUGGAGCAUUUGGCACAGUCUUUAAGGGAUUGUGGAUUCCAGAGGGUGAGGGUGUGAAAAUUCCUGUUGCUAUCAAAGUUUUGAGAGAGGUCGCAUCUCCAAAAGCCAACAAAGAGAUCUUGGAUGAGGCAUAUGUGAUGGCCGGUGUGGAUCAUCCUCACGUGUGUCGUCUGUUGGGAAUAUGCCUCACGUCCAACGUCCAGCUCAUAACCCAGAUUAUGCCUUUCGGGUGCCUGCUGGAUUACGUACGGGAGAAUAAGGAUAAAAUCGGCUCACAAACUCUGUUAAACUGGUGCGUGCAGAUCGCCAAGGGAAUGACCUAUUUGGAGGAACGUCACCUGGUCCAUCGUGAUUUAGCGGCCAGGAAUGUGCUGGUGAAGACUCCUAACCAUGUGAAGAUCACUGAUUUUGGCCUGGCCAGACUCCUGGGUUCAGAUGAGAAGGAAUACCACGCUGAUGGAGGGAAAGUGCCUAUAAAGUGGAUGGCUCUUGAGUCGAUUCGUCACUGGACUUACACUUAUCAAAGUGAUGUUUGGAGUUACGGGGUUACUGUCUGGGAGUUAAUGACAUUUGGAUCCAAACCGUACGAUGGAAUCCCAGCCAGAGAGAUUGCAGAUAUUCUGGAGAAGGGAGAGCGUUUACCACAGCCGUCCAUCUGCACUAUAGACGUGUAUAUGAUCAUGGUCAAAUGUUGGAUGAUUGACGCUGACAGCAGACCUCCCUUCCGCGAACUUGUGGCAGAGUUUUCCAAAAUGGCCCGAGAUCCACCUCGCUAUCUUGUCGUUCAGGGAGAUGAUCCCACAUACCAGCCCAGCCCGACGGAUUCCAAGUUCUUCAGGUCGUGGAUCAGCACUGAGGAUAUGGAUGGUGUGGUGGAUGCGGAGGAAUACCUGCUGCCCAACAAAAGAUUCUUCAACCAGUCGCAACCACCAGUGUCUGAGUAUCACAAUUCAACCGACAACUAUAUGAAUGGUGCGAUGUUACGCUACAUUACGGACCCCACGCAUAAAGACCUUAUUCUGUCAGAGUACAUGAACCAGGACGUGACUAAAGCAAGCAAAAUGAUCAACCCAUACUAUGAGGGUCCGGCCCGUGGACAGACAGAAAACGGAUAUAUAGACACUUACGGCUGUAAACCCGAGGGUCCGGAGUACCUGAACACGUCCUGCUCUACUCUACCACGGUCCCCGUGUGCCAGUCUCGAUAACCCCGACUACCAGCAGAACUUCCUACCCUCUUCCACCAGCGACGUCCCUUUCCUUCCUGCAACGGAGAACUUACACUACCUGGGACUUAGCAAAGCCAUGCAGUCUCACGUACGUUAGAUAAACGGGACGAAAAGAUGAAUUGCACUGCUUGAACUUCUUGGAGUCACACACAACAUGUGUUAGUAUUGCAGCUACUUUAAGAAAAUCAGCGAGUCACGCCACUGUGAGGACGUCCGGAAAUGCUUGAAGGCGACUGCCGUAAUGAACUACUUCUCGAAAGGAAGUAUGAAUGAGACAUUAAGCUGUGAGUAAUGUGUUGAAUGUCCAGCUAGAGCACAUUUCAGUAUU